UGCUGUAUGUGUAUUCUACAAUUAUGGCAAAUUGUAUGACAUUUACGGUCGGCACGAUUAUUAAUAAUCGCAUCGCAUUCAGUGUAGUGUGAUGGCAAAAUCAGUAGUCAAAGCAGAUCAAUCUAGAUGUAGAAACGUGAAGGGAGGGCCUGUGGUGUGGUGCAUACAAGAGCAAAAGGCAAGCGUCCACUCGUCAGAAAAUUUCUGCCCAAGAAAGAAAGGAAAGGAAGGUGCGAAUUUCCCUCGGGAUUUUAGGCGCCGCCGCCGCCGCUAACGUAGCGGCACACCACACCGCCAGCCUCCAGCUGAGUUCUCUCUCUCUCUCUUGUAGAGCAGACCACCGCCUCAGCUGACAAUUCUAUGGUUGCGGCGAUGGAGGUGCGUCCACACCUCCUCCUCGUCCUUCUCUGCCUCCUCGGCGCCGGCGCCGGAUCAUGCGUGGCGCAGACUUUGCCGCCGGCGCCGGUGCCGCAGUCCGGGGCGGCGGCGGCGCCGAGGCCCACGCCGUUCGGGCGCACCAUGUCCACGGUCAUCACCGUCGCCAUCAGCGUCUUCUUCUUCCUGCUCUUCUUCUGCGCCUACAUCAACCAGUGCCGCCUCGCCGAGAACGCCGCGCCGCAGGGGGCGGCGGCCGCCGCGGCCGGGGCCGGGGCGUCCAGGCGGGGGAAGCGCGGGCUGGACCCGGCGGUGGUGGCCACGUUCCCGAUCAUGCAGUACAGGGAGAUCAAGGAGCACAAGAUCGGCAGGGGUGUGCUGGAGUGCGCCGUGUGCCUCACGGCGUUCGAGGAGGCCGACGACCUCCGGCUGCUGCCGCACUGCUCGCACGCCUUCCACCCCGAGUGCAUCGACCCCUGGCUCGAGGCGCGGAUCACGUGCCCGCUCUGCCGCGCCAACCUUGAGAAGCCGCCGCCGCCGCCGCAGCCGUCCGCCGUGGCGCCCCCGUCGCCCGAGCAGGUGGCGCGGCGUCAGCCCUCGCCUUCGCCGUCCCCGCCGCACGCCGUGGCGAUACCGGUUCGGGAGGAGGAGGAGGAGAGCGACGAGGAUGACCGGAAGGAGGAGGCGAUGGAGCUGGAGAUGCUGCGCAGCGAGCGGCGGGCGGCGAGGCUGCCGAGGUCGCACUCGACGGGCCAUUCGCUCUUCGCGGCGUCGGCCGCCGCCGCGGAGCGGAGCGACCACGAGAGGUUCACGCUGCGGCUGCCGCACCACGUGAGGGAGCAGGUGCUGAGGUCGCGCCGCCUGCGCCACGCCACCAGCCUGAUCGACUUCGCCGGAGCGAGUCCCGAGGGGAGCGUGCGCGGAGGCCGGCCCGCGGGCGGCGGCGGCAGCAGCCACGGCGGGCGGCGGUGGCAGGCGUUCCUGGCGAGGACGAUGUCGUGGGCCCGAGGGGGAGGCGACGGGUCGGUGCGGAAGGGGUGGGACGGGUCCACCCGGCGGGGAAGGGACGACGCCGAGUCGAGCAGAAAGGGGGCCGCUUCGCCGGCGCCGGCGCCGGCGCGGCCAUGAUGAACUCCACACCGCCACCGGAACUGCAGUGCAGAGCUUGACUGUAGAAAAAUGCGUGUAGUUUGGAUUUGUUUAGUUGAUGGUAUGGAUAAAUUUAAUUUUUCACCUUUUUAGUAGCCAUAGGAAAAUAUUUGCGUGUGCUCCUGUGAGGCCUGAUGUUUCUCGUUUCCUUUGACUCUGGCGAAGUGAAACUUUUGGUUCGGUCUGUGGAUUCCUCCAUCCGAUAAAAAGCUUUGGCGAGGGAGAAGAAUCGGAAUGUUCACUUUUGGACU